GGCGGGGUUUGAAGUCUGAACAUUUGUUGGCAAGGUGGCAGGUGGCAGCACUGUUUGUUUUGUAACUUGUGUUGCAGCUGAGCGUGAGCAGCGAGUCGUGAGCGGCUCCCUUGAGUGCAGUGACGGGGAGGAAGUAUUGUACUCUUGAUUAUUUCCCAUUCCUUGCCUUCAAACCGACAUUGCAGUGGUUUAAAGGUGGUGAGGGUUGGUCAGGCAGCCUUGAUGUGUUCGGGCUCACUCUGUGCUGCGUGUGGUUUGUGGCCCCCAGGGAGAGUCAGAGAUGAGGGUAAGCUGCAUGAUAUGUGUGGACAUCAUCGUGCAGAACCAGGAGGUGUUGGCAACACCCUGUGGCCACACAUUCCACGCUCACUGCAUCAUAGAGUGGAUCAAAGUGUCCAAAUCAUGCCCUCAGUGCCGCACCAAGGCCACAAACAAGACCCUGAUUAAGCUGUUCUUCGAGACAACGGACUCAGAGAUUGAGACAGAUCCCGACAACCUCCAGCAGCAAAUAGAUAACCUGAAGUUCCAGUUGAAGCUUAAGGAACAGGAGGCGAAGAAACACAAGGAUGAAGCUGACAUGUCCAAGAGUCAGGCUGUAGCUCUGAGGGAGGAGUUCCGAGCGAAGGAGAGCAUUCUGACGGACAAGGAGACACAGAUCCGGGCCCUGAAGACUCAGGUGAUGUACACUGACAACAUUGUGGCCAACUCCAAGAAGAUGAAGGAGGAGAUCAAGAAACUCAAGCAAACACUCAGCCUCAUGCAAAACAUGUCAACAGUCCUGGAGGGCACAACGGAGGAGGUGACUAUGAUGGUGAACAGUGAGGCGGGAGGACCCAGUGGUGCCAGGAACAUUGCUACCUUCUGCACCAUUCUGAAACAGGAGCUGACCUUGGCAGUGGCUGAAGGCAGAAGGAGAAGCAAAGAAGCACAGAAGGAGGUUAGAAACAUGAAGGAGACCAUGGACAGUCUCCGAACCUCCCACAGUCACCUGGAGGAGGAGUACAGGGAAGUCACCACAGAGAACAAGAAACUCAAGGCAAAGAUUAGAGCACUGGAGCAGUCUAUUACCUCUCCUUCAGAUGAUGUCCGCAGCAGUGCCAUUCACCGCCUGCUGUUUGAGAGUCCUGCCCCAGCACUUUUGAAGAGACAACACACCUCGCAGGAAGAAGAAUGUGUCACGCCUGAGGUGGUGAGCAAGAGAGUCAAGCAAGUCACCAAGAAACAGGAGGAGGAAGACUCAAGACUGGUGAUUGAUUUAAGUAGCCCACAGACAGCCAGUAGGGAGCAGAGACUCACCAAGGAAGACAAGGAGGAAGGGGCUGGAUUGCUGAUCGAUUUAUCCAGUCCUCAGAAAGUCAAGAAGCGUCAGCCUGGCCUCUCUGUGCGGCCCAUGUCCCUCACUGACUGCAACAUUAUGAAGGACAGCAGAGGAACCUACAAGAGCCUGCAUGCCAGACCCUCCACCUCCCAGAACUGGAAGGACGUGCAGCUGGUGGGUGAUCAGGUGGGCUACGACGGUCUAGGGGGCCACCACAAGGCUGAUGAGUUCCCUAAGCCCUCUCCUCUCAUGAAACCACUGCUCAAGAGAACCAAAACCCUCUACAGACCUCUCAAGGGCAAGGACAAGAUGAACAAACUCACCAAAUACUUCGAAAAUACAUUUGAAGAUUAGGUUCUUUUCUCCUCACCCUGUUUUAAUUUUUUUAUUUAUUUAUUUUUUUCUCUAUCUCUCGUCUCUUUGUCUCACUCGUCUCGUCUCAUGUCUCGUUUCAUGCCUCGUCUCAUCUUGUCUCAUGUCUUCUCUCUCUCCUUCUCCCAACACCAUUUUUUUUUUUUUUUUUUUUUUUUUUUUUUUUGCUUCAUGUUUUUCUUUUCUUUUUCAUGUUCUCUGGUUUAAUUUUUAGGGCACAUUAACAUGAGGUCAGUCUUCCGUUUCUCCAUUUGAUGAUUAGAUUCCAUGCCCCACACUCUUAUAUUUGUCUGUCUGUUUAUUUCCAUGAUGUUCUCAGGUUUUACUUUUCUGAGACCACUUUGUAAACUCAUUUUGUUAGUUGCCUAUUUUUUUAUUUAUUUAUUUAUUUAUUUUUACAUCCUGACUUCAUUCUUGUACUACCAACCAUGACCACCACCACUACAAAGCACAAAAACAACCACAACAACAAUAACAAUAACUAUUUACACAUAUGAAGAGAACAUUUCAUUAUUUAGUUGUGUCUCCCUCCACGAGUACACAUGACCACGCCAGACAAGUGAACCAGAGAACUUGCAUUAUUUGUUCCCUUAGUCACUGGCGAUUAUGUUCUUGUCCUGUGUGUCAUCUUGGGGCAGGAAUUCAUGAUAAUCGAUGUGGGUUAUGAUGAUGAAAACUCCCUAUAAACAGAGACAGACAGACAGACAGGCAGGCAGGCAGGCAGAGAGAGAGAGAAAAGUGUUACAUUAAAAUUUCAAGUUUGGUAUUGGAAUGAGUUGAGAAAGGAAUGAGAGAGACGAGGAGAGUUGAAAAAAGUGAGAAGCUCGUAAAAUGUCAUGUUUUAUCUUAUUCAUUAAACACCCUUGAAAAAAUGUAUGGGAAGGUAUAUUUUCAUAAUCACUAUCUUUUAUGUAUAACCUUUAGUUUUUCCUUGUGUGUUGUGAUGAAAGAGAGGGCAGCUUACCUUGUGUUUAUCUUCACUAAACCAUGACAUCAAAAAUGUACAAGAUACAUUUUCUUAAUUACUUUCUUUGAUAUACAGGUCUUAGUUUUCCUCAUGCUAUAAUGAAAGAGGUGCAGUUUAUAUUGUGUUUACCCUAUGUGUGUACAAGAGAGUUUAUGCUCAGUCAGGAGAGAGAGAGAGAGGUGUGCAGGGUGUGUGGCUGCCAUGUGCUGCCUAACUCUUCCUUGUUUCUUAAGGAUACAAAGUGAUCGAGAUUAAGUUUAGUUCAUAAGUGUUGCUCUGUAGUAUGAAUAAAGCUGGAGCAGUGUGAGUGUGAGUGUGUGUGUGUGUGUGUGUGUGUGUGUGUGUGUGAGUGAGGGAAAGAGAAAGAACAGAAUACUUUUAUAAUAUAUUGUAAUUUAUUCUUCACAAUAAAAUGCUACAUUCUAGAAUUUUUUGUA